AUGACCAAUGAUGCUGCAGUAGACGAGGAUGACCUGCAGCUGCUGAAACUGGGCUAUCGAUCCGAGCUGGCCCGCGCUUGGGGUGCAUUCGACAACUUUGCUUGCUCCUUCUCCGCGCUGUACUGCAUCGGCGGUAUCCGUGUGCUUUUCUACAUUGCGCUGAGCGCUGGUGGACCAGCUGCUAUGUGGAGCUCAUGGAUUUCUGGAAGCAUCGUGGCCAUCAUCACCGCUGCCACCCUGGCAGAGGCCUGCUCCACCUACCCUGCUGCAGGAUCGAUCUACUACUGGGCUUUCCGUUCGUGGGGAGGCGGCAAGCUCGGACGGUUUGUGUCUUUUCUUGUUGCGGCAUGGACGCUGGUCGCUUGGACUUCAUUUCUAGCAACCGACUCGUUCGGAGUGGCCAACUAUGUCAUUUCCGAGGUGGUAGCCUUCAACCCAAACACGUCGAUGCCGUAUGAAACAUCAGACGUCAAGGCUCGCGCGGUGGCCUGGGCUUUGUCGUUGCUGUUUCUGGCACUUGCAACUUCGCUGAACUUUCUCCCGCCCCGCACCUAUGCAUGGGUUUUCCGAGCAGGCUUCAUCGUUAUCAUGAUUGACAUUCUCCUGAAUAUGAUCUGGCUGCCCAUCGGAGUCUCCAAAACCUAUGGCUUCCGGUCCGCCGAGUAUGUCUUCACCUCCACUUACAACGGAGGAGGUACAGCCCCCAGCCUGAACUGGGUUCUGUCCUGGUAUCUGCCUGCCAGCUGUCUCGUCGGUCAGGAUGCAUCUGGCCAUGUCGCCGAAGAGACAGUCACAGCCAGGAAAUCGGCCGCCAAAGGAGUCUUUUGGUCGACUGUGGCCUCAGCCCUCUGUGGUUUCCCCAUUAUCAUCCUCUUCCUGUUCUGCAUGCCCCCGAUCGAAACAUUCUACGACACCAGUGUGCCACAGCCAUUUAUCAACAUGUAUGCCAUGGCUCUGGGUCCCCGUGCUCAUGCCGUCGCAACGACAGUCGCAAUCAUCGGAGCGGUUCUGAACACCUCCAUCUCCCUCGUCGCCGUUUCCCGACUGGUCUUUGCCAUCGCGCGAGACUCCGUUUUCCCUUUCAGCAAUAUACUUUGCCGCGUGUCUAAGAGCAAGCAGCCCCAUAACGCGGUUGUCUUUAUCUCCACAUGCGCCGCUCUCCUCCUCUGCACCCAGUUGCCUUCCCAGGUUGCGUUUUACAGCUUGACGUCUACCUCUGCAGCUGGUUCGAUUGCCGCAUAUGGCUUGGUCGGUUUUGGCCGCGCCUUUAUCACCCGCAAGUCCUUUCGACCAGGCUUCUGGGAGCUAGGCCGAGCGGGAGUACUUUGCGCCGUGGUCACUUUUAUUUGGAACAGUUUCGCCUUUUCAGUGCUGUGCGCCCCGCAGUACGGUGAUAGUGCUAUCGACGGGGAUGCAAGCUUGUUCAACUACUGCAUCGUCAUCAUGGCUGGCAUUACAGUCAUUGCGCUAGAGGAGUGGUGGCGCAAGUCCCGGAACGACUGGUUUGGCAAUCUCAAGGUGGUUGACGACAGCUCGGAUAAUCCGGGUGAUGUUAGCUCCGCGGAGACUGAGGCCGCUUCUGCCUAG